AUGGCCGCGGACGCACCUAGCAAGGGUCUCCGAAGCCUCACGUUCGAGCGCCUCGAGAACCACGAAGACAGCGUCCCGAAGCGCAGCCCCGUCGAGCACAUCCCCAAGUGUGCAUUCAUUGCCAUCGAUAGCAGCGAGCAAGCAUCAGGAGGCGGUCCCAGCAUCAUUCCGACCGGUCCCCAAUAUCCUCAUUAUCGUGCGGCGAGGCCCUCAGGAUCGUUCCGGACGGUCCUCAUCAUCAUUCCAGGCGACGCCGCGGGCCCCAUCGGCGAUGGAAGCUCGUGGCCGCCAGGUGGUCGCCGUCAAUCGCCGAAGCGAGCAGGAGCAAGUUCAGGAGCCAAGGAACGCCAUUUUGAAGAGUCUGAGGGAAAGGAGGGACGCGAUCGGGCUGGAGAGAGCAAGCAAGAAAAGGUCGAGAUUGCCGCCGAAGAAGUCCCCGUGCCCACCCUGCAUCAUUCGCGACUUGUCAUGAUGGGACGCGUGACUCUCUGCGUGCGACUCGCCCUCGCCCGCCGUCGCGCACAGCCAGUAGCGCGCGACUUCUCUGCACAAAACUUGCAUACUCCGCCCAGCCCGGUCACCAUGUCUGGCCUGAUCUUCUACGACUUCGGAGAGAGCUUCAGCUUCUCUAGAGAUUUCACUGACAUCCCGCCCCCUCCCAACCCCGCUACCUUCCACCACGUCGACGUCCCCAUCAUCGAGCGCAACUACAGCAGCGAGGACGACUCGAACGUCAUCCGCAACCCCACCUUCACUGCGGAUGGUCAGCCGUCCUGGUUGGCCUCCAUGAAUGUAGAUCAGCCCCUCGCAUAUACCCCGGUGGAGGACCCCCUCGGCGUCCCACCCAACGUCCUCCGCGACCGCCAUCGCACCGGCCGCCCGCGCAGCAACUCUGCGCGCCAGCCGGCGCAUGCUAUGGCCUACCACCCCUACUCGCCGCCCUCGUCCCCUGAGCUGCCCGCCGAUGUCCCCCUGCCAUCCGAGCGACACUCGUGGCCGCCGAGGGCAGGGCGCGCUACGCGCGGGCUCGUCCCGUAUCCGCCGAGCGACGCGUCUAGCCGAGACUCGUCGCCGGAGCGUCCAAGUUGGCGGGCUCGUGGCGCUGCUGUCACGUACCCCGCCCCGAGCGCAUAUACCUCGCCCACCCCAUCCGCUGCGCCCAGCACGUCUACCGCCCCCACUCCGUCUACCCCGCCCAGCACCUCGACCGCGCCCCCCGCCCUCGCCGCGCCCGCCACCCCCACUAUUCCCCGCCGGCGCCGCAAGCGCUCGAGCAAGAAGCCCGCGUCCGACCUCGAUGUCGUGAUCGCGGGCAUGAGCGCGCUCGGUGUGGGCGACUCGGACGCCGAUGUCGACGACCUGGUGCGGAGCAUGCGCACAAUGCGGCUGAAGACGAGGCGUGCGAGGCGGCGGGUGGCGAAUUAG